CUUUUUUUUUUUUUUUUUUUUUUUUUUGAAAAUUUCAAAUCCUCACAGUAAAAAUGAAAAAUUAUUUCACGAAAUUAUUUCAGAUUCCUUUUAUAUACCGGUCCUAGUGAUAUUUAUCUUUUCCGCUACACCGAUCAUAUUAAAAGAUAUAAUGCCAGCUAAUAAUAAUUAUACCUACGAAUUAAUCUAUCCAGUCGAGUUAUUAAUCAUUGAAAAGGAAAAAAAUCCUUACGUUAUACUAAUCAUAUCUAAUAUGUUCAUAAUAUUCAUUGGGAUUGUCUCUUUGGCGAAUUAUACUUUUUUUAUAGCCUUCAUUCAACACACCUGUGCGAUAUUUCGCGUAGUUGGAAUAAUACGUGGUAUUAAUUAUCAUAAAUUGGCGAUAGACUACACCGGAAGAAUAAAUUCCUUCGCCGAGAUUUGUUACCUCGUUCAAAUUCUAAUGACUCUUCUCAUCCUUGCCGCCGAUAUAAUGAGAUUGAUGCAAGCGAGCAAUAACAUAAAAUCAUUAACAAUGACAGCUAUUUGUACUCUACAUAUAUCAGGUAUGAUAAUUUGGACAUUAUUUAAUUGCAUAAUCGGACAAAGAGUAUUGAAUCAUAGUCACAUCGUUUUUAAAAAAACAUGCACGAUACCAUGGUAUUUAUUUUCACUGAGAUUGCAAAAAUUGGCAACGUUAAUGUUAAUGAGAAGCAUGAGACCAUCUUAUCUGUCGAUCGGCAAAAUGUUCAUUUCCUCUCACACUUUUUUCUCAUCGUUGAUACAGUCGUCCAUAUCUUACGGUAUGUUACUUCGAUCAAUUUCAUAAGAAAUAUAACGAACGUAUCCAACGAAGAACGAAACGGCAACUUUCUUUUUCUCUCGUCAAUGAUGUUACC